AUUUCAACCCCGUACACCGCUCGCUUUGGCGGCAUCCCGCGGCAACCGUACUUUUGGAUUUUUGUGUCCUUCGCCUACCCCUCCCCUCUCUCCCUCUAUCUCUCCAUUGCCGCCGUAUAUCUCCGUUGCUGUCGUAUAUAUAGAGAGAGAGAGAGUGAUUGAAAGCGGUCUCUCAGCUACUACUCCUUUUCGCUUUUUCCCACAGAUACAGUUUUCCCCGUAUACACGAACCACAUAAAUGCUGAAGAACUAACCCUCUCUCACUUCGUCUGCAAACCCUAAUUUCAUCCACUCUCUCCGAUUUCUAAAAAAUCUUCCAAGAUUUCGUUCGCCGCCCGUUUCGCUCGCCGAUCGGUUCUGUUGCACUUCCACAAGAGUUGGUCGUGUAAUCUCGGUCGUGAGUCAUCAUAUUCAAGUUCAUUCUGCGGUCUUAGCUCCAUUAUGGCUGGUGAAACCCUCGGGACUGUUACUAACGGCAGUCUUAAUACAGUUCCCGAUCCACAGAGGACUUACCAAGUUGUUGUGGCUGCAACUCAAAACAUGGGUAUCGGGAAGGAUGGGAAAUUACCUUGGAAGUUGCCUUCUGACAUGAAGUUUUUCAAGGAGGUUACUCUGACUACAUCAGAUCCUGCUAAAAAGAAUGCAGUCAUUAUGGGUAGAAAAACCUGGGAAAGUAUUCCAUUGGAGUAUCGGCCUCUACCUGGCCGCCUUAAUGUUGUUCUCACUCGUUCGGGCAGUUUUGAUAUUGCCACUGCAGAAAAUGUUGUGAUUUGUGGAAGUAUCGCUUCCUCUUUGGAGUUGUUAGCGGCUUCUCCUUAUUGCUUGUCAAUUGAGAAAGUGUUUGUUAUUGGAGGCGGCCAGAUUUUGAGGGAAGCCCUCAAUGCUCCUGGAUGUGAUGCCAUCCACAUGACAGAAAUUGAGUCCAGCAUUGAAUGCGACACUUUCAUCCCUGCUGUUGAUACGUCUGUAUUUUUCCCCUGGUAUUCAUCCUUCCCAUCUGUGGAAAACAACAUUCGCUAUUCUUUCACGACCUAUGUUCGCGUGAAGAAUUCUACAGCUGAACCCCUUAGUCAGACCAAUGGCAAGAUAUCUGAUAAUUGCUCAGAUUCUGCUAAGUUUGACGUGAAGAAGUUCUCUUUCCUUCCUAAGAUGAUUUUUGAGAAGCAUGAGGAGUAUUUGUAUCUGAAACUCAUUGAAGAUAUCAUCUCUAAUGGCAUUUCUAAAGAUGACAGAACAGGGACUGGAACUCUAUCGAAAUUUGGUUGCCAGAUGCGAUUCAAUCUGCGGAAAUCUUUCCCAAUUCUCACAACAAAGAAAGUAUUUUGGCGAGGUGUUGUUGAGGAACUUCUUUGGUUCAUCAGUGGUUCAACAAAUGCUAAGGUCCUUCAGGAGAAGGGCAUUCGCAUAUGGGAUGGCAAUGCAUCAAGAGACUACCUUGAUAGUAUUGGUUUGGCGGAUAGAGAAGAAGGUGACUUAGGACCCGUUUACGGGUUCCAGUGGAGACACUUCGGUGCUAGGUAUACAAACAUGCAUGCUGACUACACUGGCCUAGGAUUUGAUCAGUUGUUAGAUGCUAUUGAUAAGAUCAAGAAUAAACCAGAUGACAGGCGGAUUAUUCUAUCAGCUUGGAACCCUUCUGAUCUCAAGCUGAUGGCACUUCCCCCUUGUCACAUGUUUGCCCAGUUCUAUGUCGCCAAUGGGGAGUUAUCAUGUCAGAUGUAUCAGCGCUCUGCUGACAUGGGUCUUGGUGUCCCAUUUAACAUUGCAUCUUAUGCCCUCUUGACAUGCAUGAUUGCUCACGUUUGUGAUCUUGUUCCGGGUGAUUUUGUCCAUGUAAUUGGGGAUGCUCAUGUUUAUCUCAAUCAUGUCAGACCUCUGCAGGAGCAACUUCAGAAACUGCCUAAACCUUUCCCGAUUUUGAAGAUCAAUCCUCAGAAGAAGGAUAUAGAUUCAUUUGUGGCUGCUGACUUUGAACUCAUAGGUUAUGAACCUCACCAGAAGAUAGGCAUGAAAAUGGCGGUGUAGGUCACUGACCGUUUGGUAGAUAAGUACUUGGAGACCUGCCCUCCUUUCAAACAUAUCUGCUCUUGUUUUUUAGGCACAGCUGCCGGAGCUUAUGUUGACAGAAGAUACUGGGAUAUACCCGAGUCUUAUAUAUGUAGGAACUUAGAAUCCUUUAGUUCCACAUAAUGAUGUUGGUUCUAAGGUGAUUUGAGGAUCUUUUUUCCCUCUUGCAAACUCUUCGAGUUUGGUUUCUACUUAAUUCUAUGAAGCUUGCACCUUUUUAAGGGCUUCAUAUACUAAUGUCCUGUUGAACAAACUUGGUAUUGUGAUCUUCCAGUUGUCUUUGAUAUUGAGUGCUAAUUCAUCUUGUCUUGAA